UUGAGUGAUAGUUAGUAGCAUUGGUGGUGGUCAUUGUAUUUGUAGUGAUAUGGCUCAUCAGGCAGAUAAUGGUGGCCAUGUCAAAGAUGGCAGAUGCAGAUGGUCUCUUGAGGGAACUACAGCUCUUGUUACUGGUGGAACCAAAGGAAUUGGGUAUGCUAUUGUGGAGGAAUUGGCAGGGCUUGGGGCGACCGUGCACACGUGUUCUCGAAAUGAUGCUGAUGUUAAUAAGUGCGUGCGUGAGUGGGAGGCGAAGGGCUUCCGAGUCACUGGUUCAGUUUGUGACCUUUCUUCUCGUGCUCAAAGAGAGAAGCUUAUGAACACAGUUUCUCAUCAAUUUAAUGGCAAACUGAAUAUCCUUAUAAAUAAUGUGGGAACCAACGUUCUUAAACCAGCACUGGAGGUGACAUCUCAAGAUUUCUCAUUUCUCAUGACUACCAACUUUGAAUCUGCUUACCACCUAAGCCAACUUGCGCAACCUCUUCUAAAAGGAUCGGGAGGAGGAAGUAUUGUUUUUAUUUCUUCCCUUGCUGCAUUGUUGUCAUUAGGUGGUGCAUCCGUUUAUGGAGCAGCUAAAGGAGCAAUAAACCAACUUUCUAGAAGUUUGGCAUGCGAAUGGGCACGUGACAAUAUCAGGACCAACUGCGUUGCACCUGGGGCAACAAGAACUCCUUUAAUGGAGAAGGCAAUCAAAUCCGAAACCUUGGAACUUUCAAAUUCACGUACUCCUCUCGGACGACCUGGGGAGCCAGAAGAGAUAUCAUCCUUGGUGGCGUAUCUCUGCCUACCUGCAGCCUCUUACAUAACUGGACAGAUAAUCUAUGUUGAUGGAGGGAUGUCUGCAUAUGGAAUGGAUCCCUAGAAUAAUCACAGAUAGUCAGAUAUCAUAAAACCAAGCUUCUAAAUAAA